AUGCCACCCAAAAAGAAGAGAGUAGCUAAUUCCAAUAGCGAGGAACCUAUUGUUAAUUUGCGUAGGCCAACCAAAGCAAGGGUUGAUACUGAGGCUGAAGUCACUCAAGACAUGAGAAAUAAUGAACGUCCUAGGGUGACAUGCACUGAUCCUUUGUAUGAAGCUGUUGCCCGAUUUUGGACAGGUUGGCCCAUGUUGCUAGUAGAGGCGCAGAAUCCCCUUUCUUUUGAUGGGAAGCCAAAUCCCACGGAAGCUAAGAACUGGUUCUUGCAGAUGGAGAAGUUGUUAGAAGCUUUAGAUUGCACUGACUCUCAGAAGUUGUGGUUUGCAACUUUCAAGUUAAUUGGGGAAGCUGAGCGUUGGUGGAGAUCCACUAUGGCCAUUUUGGAGGGAAUGGACAUUGAGAGAAACCCCAUCACUUGGGAGAAAUUUAAAGGGGUUUUCUAUGAUAACUACUUUGCUGAGGUGGUUCGAGAACGAAAAGAGAGGGAAUUUGCUGAUUUAGUGCAAGGAAGUAUGACUGUUGAGCAAUAUGCAACUAAAUUCAUCGAGUUAUCUCACUUUGGACCACACUUAAUCUUUACUGAGGCGAAGAAAGCAAGCAGAUUUCAAAAGGGCUUGAAUGAGAGACUUCGACACCAUCUGAUUGCAUCAGGGAUUGAUAAUUAUGGAGAGUCAGUUAAGAGAGCUAUGAGACUGGAGGAAGAUUUCAAGAACAAUGUUAAGAAUGAGAACCCACCUAGAAACACUGGACAGAUAGGCUUUUGA